UAUGAACUUUCUGCAGAGACGCCACGGCUGCUCGCCCUCCGCCGUGGUGACGUCGACAGGAGCACGUGGGUUUGUUAUUGCAGGAAGUGAAGAUGGCGGCUCAGUCGUCCCUCUCAGAGUCUGUGCUCGGAUGGUCUAUUUUCACCAUUAUACUCUUGGUCAUCCUGGCUUUCUGCUGGAUCUACAUUCGGAAAUUUCAAAGUCGACAGGAGAGUGAAGUUGUUUCAACUAUCACAGCAAUAUGUGCACUGGCCAUUGCCUUGAUAACAUCUGCCCUUCUGCCAGUGGACAUAUUCCUUGUUUCAUUCAUGAAGUAUCCGAAUGGUACCUAUAAGGAAUGGGCAGCAAACAAUGAGACGAGAGGUCAGAUUGAAGAUACUGUGUUGUAUGGAUAUUACACGCUCUACUCCAUCAUACUAUUCUGCGUCUUCCUAUGGAUCCCCUUUGUUUACUUCUACUAUGAAGAAAGGGAUGACAACAACGUGAAUAAGUGCUCGCAAGUGAAAAACGCUCUGAAGUACACAAUUGGAUUUACCAUUGUCUGCGUGGUGCUCCUUUUAAUUGGAGCGUUUGUUCCACUUCAGCCUCCACCUAGCCAGAAUUCCACUCAAUGGGACAAAGUACAGUACCUUUUUGAGGAGCUUGGGAGUAGUCAUGGUCUCCCUGCUUUGUCUUUCUCCAUCAGCUCCUUGACCUUGAUUGGCAUGUUGGCAGUGAUCACUUACACGGCCUAUGGAAUGUCUGUUCUGCCUUUGAAUCUGAUAAAAGGCACACGGAGUGUGCUGUAUGAACGCCUGGAGAACACAGAGGACAUUGAUGAUGUUGAGCACCAGAUAGAAAAGCUAAAAUCCAAAUGUAAAGAUGGACGUCCUCUGUCCUCAAGGGACAGACACAACCUGCAGGAGUUAGAGGGUAAACUACAGGUCCUCCGGCGCAGGGGGAGACACCUGGAAAUUGCAGAGAGGAACUGCUGCACUAAAGUGGGCAGUGCUCUCAGACCUUUCAAGAUAUUACUGGGUGUUUUCUUUAUCCUGGUUGCACUGCUCUUCAUUGUUGCCCUGUUCAUUUCAAAUUUGGAUAAAGCUCUCCACUCUGCUGGCAUCAGCACCGGGUUCAUAAUCUUUGGCACCAACCUGACCAAUCCCCUGAAUGAACUUCUUUUAGCCUUACAACCUGUUUUUCCACUGGAUUAUAUCUUGAUCACAGUCAUCACCAUGUACUUCGUACUCACAUCCAUGGCUGGCAUUCGCAACAUGGGCAUCUGGUUCUUCUGGAUAAGGCUGUACAAAAUAAGACCAAAGAGAACUCGUCCCCAGGCUCUGCUCUUCCUCUGUAUGAUUCUUCUCCUGAUUGUUCUGCACACCAGCUACAUGAUCUACAGCCUGGCCCCCCAAUAUGUCAUGUAUGGCAGCCAGAAAUACCUUGUUCAGACUCAGAUGCCCUCACCAGGUCCUGGGAAUACUACUUUUGCCACCACAAGGAUAUGUGAUGCAGACGCGCCUGAGGACCAGUGCACUGUGACAAGAUCCUAUCUGUUCCUCCACAAGUUCUGGUUCUUCAGCACCAUCUACUACUUUGGUAACUGGGCCUUUAUUGGGGCUUUCCUCAUUGGUCUGGUUGUGUCCUGCUGCCGAGGGAAGAAGUCUGUGAUUGAAGGUGAGGUGGAGGCUGAUGACUCAGACCUGAGUGAUGAUGAAUACGUGCACUGAAAAAACACUCUUCACUUGGAUGGGUUUGUAGAUACUGUAACCAUAACCUGAAGGGACUAGAAAGUACAGUCGUCAACAAAUAAAUGCCUGUCAGUGAUUUGUCUUAAUUUAUGUGUUUCGAUGAGUUCUUGCCGUGGUGUCAAGCCUUGUUUCGAGUUGACAGGUCACUCCCCUUUAUGAGACCACACAGACUGAUUGUUGUGUCUUUCUCAGUCAAUAUUAUAGAUAACUCUGGGAUUGUGAGAGUGUCUUCCAACUCAAUUCUACCUUGAGAGUUCACCUGUAAACACUUUGAAUUGGCAGGAAUUGGUCGUUUUUUUUUCUUACUGCAGCAGACAAAGUCAUAUCCUGUUCCAGAACUUUAUGUCCAAGCUUUGCUCGGAAACAGAGCUCAGGCAUAAACUGACUUUUUAUAUUCUCUAAGGAUUUUCUGGACCCUUUAACGUCAUGGCAACAUCUAGAACAACAUCUGGUUUCAGUGUACCUUUUAAGAUACAGUACCAAUUGAGCGCACACAAAAUGUUUCAGAAAAGCUAAUUGGUAUGAAAAUAAUGAUUCCUAAAUGCUGACAGCAGUGACACUUUAAACCAUUAUUUUGCUUGUUUUUGUCUGAGGUUAAAUAUAGUGCUAGUGGAUUUGCUGCAUCUUUCCCUACAUUUUGUUAUUUGCAGUCCCAGACUAUUAUAUAAUGAAAUGUUACUGAACUCGCAUACGUUCACUGUUGGUGAAAUGUAAAGGACCAGUUGUGUUUUCAAGUUUUGAGUUAUUCAUGGUUUUAAUAAUAUGUGUUCAACAGCUUCUCUCCUUCUGUGUUGGAAGAAGAGUGAAAAAAGAAAAGAGAUAAUAAUAAAAGAUAUGGAUGUGAUUUUCUUUUUAA